AAAAUACUUUAUAUAAUCAAUUCUAUCACUAAAUUAAAGAAAUUAAUAAAAAACAUGCUUGAUAUUAUACAAGAAUCAAUUUAUUUUUAGGAUUAUUAUAGCAGGAGAACAACUCUUCAUAGAAGAGAACAGAAGAAUAAUCCAGAAUAUUAGCUACCUUCUAUUGAAAUUGAUGACAUCAUAAACCAGGAAGAACUAAAAAAUUUCUUGGAUGAUUUGAAGUGUCCUAUUUGCAUAAACAUUAUUGAAGAUCCAAAGACAUGCAUCAACUGUGAAGCAAAUUUUUGUGCUUAAUGCAUAUAAUAAUGGGUAAGUCAUCAAGGUGAAAAGUAGUGCCCAUGCUGCAGAGAUCAAGGCUAGGAGAGAUUUCUUUAUUCAAGAGAAAGAGACAAUCGCUUUUCUGUAAGAUUUCAUGGAGACAAUCAUAGUUAAGCUAAAUAUGUUACAUGUCCUAAAAUUUUUAAGAAAAUGCUUAGCACGAUCUAAGUAACUUGUCACAAUAAAGGCUGUAACACAAUCAUUAAAUAUGAUGAAAGAAUUGGACAUCUAAAGGUUUGUAUGUAUUAACUUAGAAACUGCCCAAAUGAUUAAUGCGAAGAAAAAGUUACUUUACUAACAAAAACCGAGCACAUCAAAAUUUGUGAAUAUAGAAAAGAGCCUUGUAAAUAUUGCUCAAAAUAAAUUUGUUUUAAGGAUAUGGUUUUACAUGAAGAUUUUUGCUCAGAAAACAAAUAAAAAUGUCCCGAUUGUAAAACCGAAUAUCAAAUAUAGAGAAUUACAGAGCAUGAAAAAGUCUGCCCUUAUAAAAAACUAUUAUGCAAAAUCUGUAAUAACCAAUUCUACAGAAAAGUUUUUUCCUACCAUACUAAGGCUAAAUGUUAUGAGAAUCUAUUUAAGAAUUCUGUAAGAGACCUUAAGAAAAAAGAUAGAAUCAUUGAACGAAAAAAUAAUUCCAUGGAGAAAAUGGAGUCUCUAAUUUAGAAACUCAAAUCUUAAUUACAAGCAGAAAGUGAGGUAGAUAAGAAGCAGCUAUUAGAAUAAAUAGAGGAUUUCUACUAAAAUAAAAAUAUAGAAGAUGAAUAAAAUGAUGAAGAAGAGCAGGUUUCAGAAAUUUAUCCAGAUGAUUUUGAAAGUUUCGAGAAGACACUGAACAUGAUAGCAGAUGGAAAUAAGAGUGUUACAGAUUCAUUCUUUUUUUAGCAAACAAAUCAAAAAAGUGAUAGAAAAUGUUAUUUUCCUAGAAUAGAAUUAAAUGAAGACAUUUAAAAUAUCUCUUAAAAUUAUAGUUUUGACCGCUCUAUACAUUUUAGAUCACUUUGCCGAGGCGCAGAUUACUAUGGCCUUUAAUAAGUUUCUUAAUAGAAUAUGUCCAUUUAGAUUGCAUCAUAAAUUUAUAGUUAAGAAAUUUUAAAUUCAAUAGUUAGAAAUGAUGAAGAAGAAUAAAAAAAUGAUACUGAAAACCAUUAAAGAAAUUAAGCAGAUAAUUUUGAUGUCUCUCUUUAAGAACUAAAUUUAAUGAAUAAUGUUAUUAAUACCAACAAUAAUGAUAAUUACUAUAAUAUUUUUAAUCCAAAAUAUGAUGAUAGCUAUUUUAAAGAAAUUUUUGGAAACUCUCAAGACAGAAAAGAUUUUUUUAAUGGUAUAGAGGAAAAUCUAUUAUUAUGA